CUUCAGACAAUAGUGAAAAAAGCUUCGACGGUGUAAACAUCCCUCAGCACUUUUUGCAGCGCAAACUGACGUAUUUUAGUUAGCGAACGUAAGGAUGGCUACGAAGAGAAUCUCAGUUUUGCUGUCUUCCUUGUUAGGAGUGGUGCUGGUUUCCAUCGUAUCUUUGAGUGAAGCAAGUGGUGACCGUUGUCUUUUUACACAUAAAGAUCUUCCUUGCAAUGUAACAGGAAAAAUCCCUCUUCAACUGACUUGCAGCUAUCCCGGGAAAUGGUUUACCAUAAAAAGGGUUACCAGGAAGACCGAUCAAGGAAUUUGGCAGCAAGUUCCUAAAGCUAAAGGCGUCUUUGAAAAAGAUUGCAAGAAUAGUCGAACUGUUCAGAAGGGUGCCAACGGUCUGGAGUCUGCCAUUUGUACUAUCAGCGGCUGUAUUCCCGGGAUUGAUUUAUCGCAGGGGGUCAAAAUCGAAUAUUACUGUUGGGAAGUCGAUCCUGAUUUACUUGGAGGCUUUGGAAAGAGAUCGCACAUCCGAAACCCUGAAAUAUUUCAUAGCACAAAGGAGAACUAGAGCUUCGAGACUUAGCGCCAUCAUUUAACCUCCAUGGAUACAACUGUUACAAUUUUAAAACUAAUCAUUCUAUUGACCUAAAAUACUGUGAAAUGUGUAACGUAUCGACCGAUCACGAAUA